ACAUCUGGUGCAGAUGUUUGCAUUGGUGACCAGAGUUGGAUUUUUUGAGCCAGAAGAGCAGGGCUGCUCAGGGACAAGCUGGGUUUGGAUUUGGGCAGCUGAGGAAAAGGUUACCCCAGCCACCCUUCCUGCUGAAGCUGUUGUGCUCUGCCUUCCCCAUCCAACAGGGACAACUGAUAGUAAAGAGCAAGCAAGAAGCAGCUUUUGCCUGCAUCUUUUUUGAUUUUUAUCUAGUCCCUGAGCCUUCACUGUAUUAUCUCCUUAAAUCUCUGUGCCUGACACUUUUGCUUUAGCACAGUUGAAUGUAUUACUGUCCUGGGUUGUAAAAGAAAAGCAUGUGCUUGCAAGCUUCCAUAGGCUUCCUGGGAGGGUUUGGAGUAAAUCUCCCAACGUGCAGCUGCCCGCUUCAAUUCUCCCUUUUCAUGUAGCUCUUUUUUUAGCAGUGAACUAUUGGGAGGAUGAGUUGCUAUAUGCAAAUUUGAGAUUAAACCUUUUGUGUUUCCAGCAUUUUCUGUUUGAAUUGCUCAAAGAGCGGUUGCAGGUUCCCAGCUUUGGGCUCUGGCUAGGCAAAUGCCCCGGCUGAGGGCUGGGAGUGUUGCUGCAUUUGAGGCUCAGCGUUCCCGGGACAGUGAGUGACAGGAUUGAUAAAACCUGUGGGUGGGUGAUUUGUACUGCAGGCAGCAGCAGCACAAAGUGGGGGCUCUUUUGGUUAAUGAAUAUUGAACUUCUCCUGUCUAACAGCAAGUUUGUCCUGUCUCCAAAUGAGCAUCUUUGCAACAGGCUGAGCUGCAGGCAGGGGGGGCUGCUUGGGAAUUCAUUAAUUCCUGUCUGGGUGAUGAGUGUGCUCCAAACAGGGCUCUGCUGGUCACCCAACAGUUGGUGCCAUACAAGAUGACUUUUUCUUUUUUCAGUUGUUCAGUUCUAAUUAUUUUCCUCUCAAAAAUCUUCACUUAGGGUUGGAUGCUUUUCUCUGGAUGUUUUUCUCUAGCUGCCUAUAUUGCAUUUUCUGCAUGACAAUGUCAUCAAAGAAUUGAUGUAAUAAAUUUGUGCACUCGGCAGUCCCUAAAUUCAGCUCUAUUUGUGGCAGGAGUUCCAAAAGGCAAAUGCAUCUCAGAAGCAUUGUGACUGUUGCAUGAAAUGGUAAUUGUAAUGCAUGGAAGAUCAGCUGCUGAUUUAUUUUUAUUAGUGCAGAUGAAAAUUACUAUGAUGUUUCAAGUAGGGCGUAAAAUAAUAUCUUUAAUCUCAUUCCAGGAGGAAUAUUAACUUCACAUUUUGUAUUUCUUUUCUUUCCCUAACCACUGAAAAAUGCUUAGUAUGUGAUUUGAGUGUCUGUUCUAUCAUGUUUAUGUAGGAAGGUUUCUCUCUUUUUUUCAUGCUCUUAAUAGGAAAAGUGUGUUUUUAUUUGUCAUGUUUUAUGUAGUAUAGAAGUUCCAGUUCCUUUGAUCAGAAAAGUCUCAGUUUUUAAGCAGAAAUGUGCAUUGAUCCCCCUAGACAAAAGCACAUUAGGGAAUACUUUUCCAAACAGGUCAUUGCAGUUGAACUUCAAUUUAAAAUCCACCCCAGAGUCAAACCUUUGCUCCCAGCAGGAACACCUGGGCAGCCACAGCUUGUGGAAGGGACAGUUUCUACUCUUGGUUUUUACAGGUGACAACCAAUUUGUUCCUGGAGACUUCACAGAUACAGAAGUAGCUCCCUUGGAAGGCUGGCUGUAAAUUGAGGUUCUGGGCAACGUCUGUGUGCUUGAGCCUCCACUUCUGGAGUGUCCCCAGCUAUCUUGGCAUGAGCUGCAGGGAGGAUAAGCCCUUUGUAGAUUUCAGCUGUGUCCUGUCUGUGACAGGUUAAUCUGCUGCCCACAUCCAUGCCUCGGGGUGGUUGGCAGGUGAAACCAGCCCUGGAAAUGGAAAGAAGUGCUCGUGCUCUUCCUGCUGCCAUUUCGGGGCUGGCACGUUAUGAGAGGUGAGAGGCACGAUGUGUCCCAGCUUUUCUAGCACCCCUGCAUGCUGUGCUGCUGCUGUACAGACCAGGUCCUUCUGUGAGUGUUAACUGGUGGCACUGGCCAUGCCAAACAUCCCUGAAGAAAGAGUGAGGAUUCUGCUCAUGUGACUCAGCACUCCUGCUCUGAGCUACCAAAACAGAGGAGGGUAAGCAGAGCUGUGAAUAACUAAGGGUUUUCAUCCCUAGAUAAGUUAACAAAAACCUGGUUAUGGCCAAGCCAGGACUUCAUACCUGCAAGUGAGGACAUGAAUGUGUGGUUCUGUCAUAUUGUCCUGAGUGCUACUGUAAGAGCAUUAGGUAGCAGUGGUGUUUCAGGGGGGUUAAUUGCUAGCCUAAAUAGCAUUGUGGGGGAAAAUUAUAGAAGGCCUUGAAGGGAAUAUUAAAGGAUUCAAGUAUUGCUUAAAGUAUUAACAGAAGAUGCACAUGUAGGUGUGUGCAUGCAUGUGUGUAAUUGACAAAGCAAAGCCUUUGAAUUGGAAAUCAUUGGUACAGAAAUACAGUUAAGGGUUUAGAAUGGACGUAGUUCAAACAGCCAUAGGGAGAAGUCAGCAGUAAAAAGAUGUAUGGCAAGGCAUUCACUUCUUUAUCAAUAUAUUGAUUAUACUGAAGGUGGAGUGUGUGAAGAGAUGGGUCUUCUGGUAGGAAAGGAAAAUGUAUUUUGGGAAAUGGGGAAAAUCACUGAAAGUGCUGUAAGAUAUUUUUAACACAUCUUUCUAAAAGUCUGGAGAGGGUCCUUGUGAGUUUUGCUCUGUGUUCCAGGAGGUUGACGACUGUCCUCUGUCUGGGAAAAGCUUUGCACUGGUGAAGAAAUCGGUGUGGUCUAAGACUCCACAGGAAGGCAUGCCCCAAACGCUGAGUUCUACCAGUAUGUUUACCCCAUGUGGCUUCAGCCCUCAUCUACAUACUUCAAAAGAAGGUGAACAAGGAGGACUGAUCUUCCAGGAUGGAAACCUUACCUCAGCAUCUCUGGAUGCUCUAAUACAGCAUCUGAUACCUACCACUGAUUACUACCCUGAAAAAGCCUAUAUCUUUACAUUCCUGCUGAGUUCCAGACUCUUCAUCGAACCCCAUGAGCUUUUGUCCCGAGUUUGUCACAAGUGCAUUGAGCAGCAGCGGCUGGAUGACCCUGUGCUGGACAAGGCUCGAAUCAGAAAAUUUGGACCCAAAAUCUUACAGUUGCUGACAGAGUGGACAGAGACAUUCCCGUAUGACUUUCAGGAAGAGCGGAUGAUUGGCCAUCUGAAAGACAUGAUUCAUAGGAUAGCCCCAUGUGAUGAGGCUUACUGGAAAAAGAUGAAUCAGCUUUUGCAAGCCCUUAAUCAGAAGCUUGCAACCCUCAGCCAUGGGCAAGAAGGGAUUGUCAAGAUCAGUACUGCUGUCUCUGAUAAGCUGGUUGCCUUUAAAACUAAACCUCCAACAAUUCAGAGAGAAAUCCUGAGUGUCUGCAGUGACCCUUACACCCUAGCUCAGCAACUGACACACGUGGAGCUGGAAAGACUAAGUCACAUUGGACCUGAGGAAUUUGUGCAGGCGUUUGUACAUAAGGACCCUCUGGACGGCACAAAGACUUGUUUCAGUGAACAGAAGAAGACAAGUAACCUUGAGGCCUAUGUGAAAUGGUUCAAUAGACUCUGCUAUCUCGUAGCAACAGAAAUUUGCAUGCCUGCAAAAAAGAAGCAGCGAGCCCAAGUCAUCGAAUUCUUCAUUGACGUUGCCCGAGAGUGCUUUAACAUAGGGAAUUUUAAUUCACUGAUGGCAAUCAUUUCUGGAAUGAAUAUGAGUCCAGUUUCCAGGCUAAAGAAGACUUGGUCAAAAGUGAAAACAGCCAAAUUUUUCAUUCUCGAGCACCAGAUGGACCCUACUGGCAACUUCUACAACUACCGGACAGCGCUGCGGGGGGCUGCCCACAGGUCCCUCACUGCCCACAGCAACAGGGAGAAGAUUGUGAUCCCCUUCUUCAGCCUAUUGAUCAAAGACAUUUAUUUUUUGAAUGAGGGAUGUGCUAAUCGCCUUCCAAAUGGACAUGUCAACUUUGAAAAAUUUCUGGAACUGGCUAAGCAAGUAGGAGAAUUUAUAACAUGGAAACAAGUGGAGUGUCCAUUUGAGCAAGACCCUAACAUCAUCCACUACUUGCACACUGCUCCCAUUUUUACUGAAGAUGGUUUGUAUCUGGCUUCAUAUGAAAGUGAAAGUCCAGAAAACCAGACAGAAAAAGACAGGUGGAAAUCCUUAAGAUCCACUAUUUUAGGAAAGACUUGAAGAUUGAGAGAUUAUUGCAGUAGGUCAAGGAAAAGAAAUCGGCAAACAUUUUGCACUACUGAUUCCAAAGAUGCCUGUUUGGGAUUUAGACAAUUUCUUUUGUUUGAGUUUUUUGUUGGGUUUUUUUUGACUGCCUAACAUGAUGGAUGAACUGGAUUCAUCCACUGAAAUCAACAGAACUGUGUGCACAAUGAUGCUUUUCUAACUAUGAGACAGAGAGAGGACAGACAAACAGACUAUUUGUGGCUGUGCCCAAACUGCGUCAGGAUCACUGUAAUUUUGCCUUUGAAGGAAAAUGCAGGAAAACCGGGAGCAGGGAGAAUCACGGUACUGCAACAGAGAAUGGAAAAGUAUAAAAAAGGAAAGCAAAAAUACACAAGAGUAUUUCAGAAGCAGGUGCUUCAGACAGCAGUUCUUUAAACCUCUGAGGAUUGUAAAAUUAAAUCAAAGACAGACAACAGCAAUCUGGUUAAUUGCUGAAUGAAGAAAAAGGAACUUAAUCUUGCAUUAGCAGUCCCCCAGCCUUGUUGAACAAAGCACUGACUGCUGCAGGUUUGAGCUUGCAGAGAUGAGGACUGACACGGCUCACAUACACGUGUGUCACACACAGGCCAUGCCAGCAUGUGGCCGCCGUCCUUACCCCAUGGAUUUUUACAGACAACAGCCUGGAGUGUGACUCUCGCUUAGUUGAUCUUCCCGCCGCGCUUGUUGCUUUCCUUACUGUGAAUCUGGGCCGGUCUGAGGAGGGCACAGAGGGUUAAUGGUGCUGCUUAAAGACACCCCCACCACCUCUGAGGUUGAAUGAAGAAGCAAAUAACUCUGGACUCAACUUACCUCUAUUUAAUAUAUGUAGUGUAUUGCCUAAAUUUAUUGAUGCUGAGUUGCAUCUUUUAAGGGGUUUUAUCACACUCAAAGAAAAAAGGUACUGCAUUACCAUUUCUAUCAGGUUCCAAUUAACACAGUACUGUUUAUUUUGUAACAUGAUACUUAGGAGGAUAGGGGGUAAUUGCUCUGAACUUGGGAACUACAUGGUAUGCUUUAAAAGGACUAAGGGUUUCAGACUGGAAUGAAUGCACUAAAGAAUUUGUCAUUCAAGAGCAGGUAACCAUUUUUGUCUUUUUUACUUUUAAGAUGUAAAGUUCACCACUUCCUUACAGAUAACAUGAAACAGGGACUAUGUCCUGUGUUUAAGGUUGUACAAUAAUCAAGGUGCUACUGUAAGACAUAUAUUAAAUGAUAAUGAACUAUAUUAGAUUCAAAACUAAGCCCUAACAGUAGACUUAUUGUCUGUGUGUGGAAGGAAUGUCCCUAACUGCCCCAGAAAAAAGAUCUCAAAAAGCUUAAAUUAAACCUAAAUACCACAUCAUACUGAACUUUCCAUUUUUCUUACUGAUUUGGUGCUACCUUUUCAGAUGUUCCUACAACAGAAGGAUGUAAACCUUUCUUUGAAAUCAGUAAUAAUUUUAUUUCAGCACAGAGUGAUUCCAAGUGGCUGUAGUGUUUUGAAAAAUUAGGGUGAUCACAAAACCUGACUGUGUUGGCCUAUUCAGCCAGAAAACUGGAGCUGUUCCUGCUCUCUGCCAGGCCUCGCAGUUGCCUGUGCCUGAGCAAGCUGCUGACCUGGAGGCAUUGACAGGCUGGUGUUUGAGGGCAGUAACCUGAGAAUGCUCUGUGUGGUACACUCCAGGUUUGAUGUGUCUGCAGAGCAGCUCUGUGUUGGGUUAUGGCCUGUGGGAGCCCAGUCUGGCUCACUGAAUCCACUUGUGCUUGCUGAGUGGAGCAGGAUGGAUUCUUCUGGAUUUGCAAUCAGGGCUUGAAGCAGAACUUCAGGUCUCCUUUUGCUGUAGAUCUAUCAGCAUAUGAAUUCAGACAGGGGGGACAUAAAACUCUAAUGUGUUUAUUUGUGCUUUGUAUGGAAGAAUUAAGUGUAAGGAUGGUACAGCAUCAUUGCAGCCACGGAAUGAUGACUGUUCUGCUGAUACUGUGAAUCUGCUGUUUGUUAAUUUUUGUACAUGAGCUGAGAGCUAUACAGAGAAACUAUACAUAUAUAGCUGUUCCUUCAGGCAGAACCAUUUCCAAAAUGAAGCCAUUAAAAGCCUGUUAAAUUUCAGAUGAAUCCAGAGCAAUAACCAUAAACAUAUCUACAACAAUGCUAAUGUUUAAGUGUGUUUGCUAAAUGGCAAUUUUUUCUUACUAUCUGCAUGUUUUUAACAGGCACAGUGUGACUUCACAGUGGAAAUAUGGGGGGUUUGCUUAUCUGAAACCAGUGCAGGUGGAUGGGCCCUUUCUUAGAACUUGCUUUUUAAAAUGGAAAUCCUCACUCCUUUUCUAAUGAGCCACUAGAGGUUGGUACAGAUGAGAUUAUAAAACAGUGACAAUUAAUUAGAAUGUGAUUUUUCAUUAUAAUUCUUUAUAUUUUGGGGCACCUUCCAUGAAUUUGGGCAAUUUUGUAAGUACAAUUUAAAUUAGAUCUCCUGAAGUUUAUCACUGUUGCAAACUAAACCACUUUUGUAGUCCAAAAUUUUCAAACCUUAGUGCUUAAAAUGGAAGCAUAAAGGUCAGAUUUAGGUGGGUAUUAAGGGCUUAGUGGAACUGUCAGAAGCACUAAAUUAUUCUUUAGCCUUUAUGUAGCCACACAUUUAAAAGGUCUUUUUUCAGAGGUGCUAAACAUCCUCAUCUCUUGGGGAAUAGCACUUUAUAGAGGUGCAUGGCACAUUAAUCUGUAGUAUUUGAUCUCCAGAGACACUCACUGCUCUUUGCAAAAUGACUUGGAGAUGAGAGAGCAAAACAACUUAAAAUGAGAAUACAGUGCUUUUUAAAAACGGACUUCAGGAGCCAUAGCUUGUCUUCACAUAAUUUUGUAGCUAAAUGCUAUUUCAACUGAACCAAUGUAAGCCUUAAGUUGCAGCUGUCGGUUGCAUUUCUAAUCCAUCUUGGCCUAACCAGGGUGAACAGCUCCUGGCAGGAGCAGGGUUAGAGCCUUGCUUCACCAACAAACACCAGUACAACUGAAAACAAAGAAUGACAACUUGGGCAAUAGAUUUUUCUAAAAAUGUAUUAAUAUUAUAUGAAAAUGAGAACAUAAAUAAGUCUGGUAAUCCAUUUUUCUUGCUAUAAAGGCAUAAAGAACUCCUGCCAUGCUUGAAAAAAAAAGAAUCACUUCCCACCAAGCACUAAACCACUGUAAGGCAUGCAUUCUUUAGACCAACAUCUAGACAAGUUACUUGUAGUAAUGUUGUGGCCUUCCAAUUCUGCUUCUUUGAGUGGAUUCACUCCCUGGCAGCUGCUUGAACUAAUGCUACACAGAGAACAGAGCAAAACUAGAUCUGUAGAUCUGCAGUUGUAUCAAAAUUUGUAUCAAACCCCUAAGCUGGUAAAGAUGUGACUAUGACACAGUCUUGCAGAAGCAUUAACUUAGCUUCUGGUAUACAGCAGUAUUUUAAAAGACCCAAAUACAUGAAAUCACUUCUGCACCUCCUCCAGUGUAAUCAGAAUGGUAGCAAAAGUCCCAUUUUUCCAUUUCUUGAGUGUUCCAUCCUGAAAUGCAGGGCUAGGUAUAAAGCUCAGUGGAAAGAAAGUAUGGAAUCGUGUGCAGCUUGUGUGAAGUCAGUAGAUGAACUUGCUCAAUGCCUUUCAAAAGACACUUAAUUAUACAAUGUUGCCCUCAACUUCACAUCAGCAUCAAUCACGUUACCAAAUUAAAGGUGCAGGGAUGUAGGGCAGCUGGGCACGACUAAAUUUUCAGGGCAGAAACUCGAAAUGAGUCAAGCACUCGAGCACUCUGCACCAUGAGUACCCUGAUUACACUGUCAUUAUUUCCUCUCUUAGGCAAUGAACACAAUCCUGUUCUAUAUCUCUGGAAGCUCCCCAUGUGGAUAAACUGUGAUCUCAGCUUCUGCUGCGUUGUCACUUGAAAAAAGUGUGGACAGCUGCUAAAGCACUUCAAAUAAGAAACAAUUUAAAUGUAGAGAUAUUUUUCUCAGCUCGAGAAUAUUUUAUGAUGUGGUCAGUGGUGGUAAGAUAAUCACUCACUUAAAAUUCAGCCUGUCCCGUCCUUGGUUAUUUCAUCAUGUUUUAUUGCAAUAGUAUAUAUACCUUUUCUUAAAGCACAUGAGCACUGGUUUGCACAUGACUGUAAAUCCAGUUUAGAACAGAACUCAGAUCACUGAAUAUGUAAUUGGAAUUAUCAACUGAAAAGACCUGUUAGUAGAAAAGAUAGGUAUGCAUAUCAAUGUAAAAAUGUUACAGAGCUGUCUCUGGCCUAGCAAUGACUGUGUUCCAUGGAACAAGACUGAUUCCAAGCAUAGCAACGUGCCAGAGGAAAAACUCAAUUAAUUUUGAUGGGCUUUGGCGCAGUCCUGUAAUUAUUAACUGUAGUACAGGUUUUAGUUAUUCAUAGGUAUUAAACUGCAUUGCCAGCUGGUGGAGUCUGUGCCAGGUGCAACUCUCAGAUAGGAGGUGCACUAAAUAGGGUGAAAGUCCAGCCUUAACAAAAGUUUUCUUUGACAUUGUUGAAGUUUCAGCAGCAAAUUCAAGGACGAAAACUGAUCCAAUGAACUAAUUCGUGUCUGAGAGCAAAAUUUUACUUUCUGGCUUUAAGAAUCUUUUUCUCUUUUUAUACUGGUAGAAAUUAGUCAUAAUGUCUCAAAUUACUCUCUCAUUGGAAAUUAAACCCCCUUUGAUUGUGAACUGAUUAUUUCCAUCGUUGUAGUUGCAGAAUGGGCUUAGGGAGUGACAAGGGAACAAGGAAAAGCCCCCUUUUUACUGCUCAGAGACUCUGAGACUGGGCCAAAGCUGUCUUUUCUUUUGUCCUUUCUAGCAUUACCUGUCAUGGAAUUCCCUCUGUAGGUGGUGCAGGGCACUCCUGAACUGUGGCUGGGGAACAGCACACACAUUGUACCCAGCUCAGGAUGGCAGCACAGGCACCAUCAGGGACACAUGGGGUGAUGGGAUGAUCCUGGACAAAGCUGAGUGCAUUCACAUCUGAGCCUGCACUCUGCUUUGCGAUUCUAGGACACAUCCCAUCUGAAAGAGGAAGUUUACCUGAGGCAAAGCCUACUAUACUUCCUUAUCCACACAACAGAAUGAUUACAAGAAAAUUCUUUGAACUAAAAGAGUUUUUCUCCAGUGGACUUAAAACAGUGAAGAAUUUUUUUGUUACUUAUUUGACAGAGAUUUUAAGAUCUAAGAAAAAUAAGUAUUUUUAAAAUUAUGAUAAGUACUUUGAUGGUUGUUAACUUUCAUAUUUCACUGCAUGGCAGCAGAAUGAAACAAAAUAUCUUCUAUUACUACCAAUGGCAGCUGGGCAGGAGAAGGCAGGAGAGAAAACAAUGAAAUACUGGUGCAGAAAGUUACCAAUAAUCUUGUUUUAAUAUUGGCUAGAGUGUGUCGCUUCCCCUGAAACCACUGCUCCCUGCUCUGUAGAACAGCUGAGCCAGUUGCUUUUUUAUAUGGAACAGAUCUGAAGUUUAAUCUGGUUUGUAUUAAUUUCUUUACAAUUCUUUCUGCGUAUUUUCAGAUGUGCAAAAAAUACUUGGUACACUAAAGCUAAUGCUCAUACAUGGAAUCACAUCCUGCAUUGUUACAUUUUGAAAGUGUAGCCAGGGAGCAAAUAAGCUUGUAUGGCUGGAAUGUCAUACACUCUGCAUGGGUGCAAGACACUGAAAGGCUGCAGCCUUAGCUGCAGAAAAAAGCUAAAUAUGAGUAACUCCUGCCUAGGUCUCCUGCCCUGCUCCAUGGCCAGCACAGGCUGUAGUGCUGUAAAUUCAGAGUGGCUUGGACUGCUCACUCCUCCCUUGACGCCAUUCCCUCCACAGAAGUGGUAUUUUGCUCCAUAAACAGCUCUUGCAAAAUGUCAAAGGAACAUUUUUCUCGCUCUCUGCCAUACAAAGGCUUUGUAUUCAUACUCCAGAUCUGUCAUAACAGAAUAGGAGUCUUUCUCUCUUUUCAUCCCCAUGGCCUUAAAACUGUCUACCCAGAUUAAUAUUGCAGUGUAGCAAUGUUCCCAGGCCUCCUAGAAUGCAGAAGACUUAGGAGUUCGGAGCUCAGGAGUCCUACAAGUUAAAUGUUUGUAAAAGAACCUUCCUUCUAAAAGGUGCAAAGCCCAUCUGAUGAAAUUCUGAACAGAAAAUUUCAUAUUCCAGCUAACUUUUAGAGAAACAUAACUUCCUCAGUGAACUAUUACUGGUCAGUACUAUAUCAGUGCUUUCAUUAUUCAAUUAUGCUUCUAAAAUUCCAAUAUUUUUAAAAUGAACAUAUGAUGUUUUUUUGAUGAUUGGUCUGUGGGCAAACAGAAUGGAGAAAAUGGGGGCUGUACUUUAGACUGUUGAGAUCAUCUGUAUUUUUUUAGCAGCCCAAGUUGGGUUAUCACUUACUGUCUGUCCUUGCCUUGAAGCAGAAGGAAUUGUUCCAAUACAAUAGUCAAAAUUAUUAAAACUUAGUGAAAGAUGCACACACAGAGUUAUUAAAUUCAAGUGUUUCAAAGUCUUGAUUCUUACAAAUGUACAAAUACUUCCCUUAGGGGUCUGUCUAUAAAAACAUCAUUACUAGUAUACAACAUAGAUGGAAAAUAAAUUAUACUCUGGGUUUCAGAACUUUUAGCAAGCAUUCAUCAGCUUAUAAAGGUAAAAGAUUGUAUUUCAAGUUUUUUUUCACUUUUAGCAACAGUGUCAACUAUCUUAAACCUAAACUCCAAUAACAAAGUAUUCUAAAACUAUUAGAAUGAUACUAUUUAGUCACAGACCUAAAAGCAUAGAGUAGAAAUGGAUAAGCAGAAUUGUCUUUAUUUUCAGACUGAGAAAUUCAAAGGUUGCAUGACAGGCUCAGGGUUACCUGGGAAGCACGUCCUUUCAAAAAAUUACCCCAAAAAGAUAUCCAAAUUUUAGUUUUACAUUUCUUCUGGUGUUACUCCUUUUUACCGAUGUGCUUAGAUAAAUGGGAAGUAAAUUAUCACUUUAGGUUUUAAAAAUAAUCAAGCUAAAAAAUAAAUAUGGCUUAAAAGAGUGGUAUAUAUUAAUCAUGUGAGUGAUAGCAAUGAGGAACUGUGCUUUUCCUGUAUCUUUUUCAUUAAAUUAAAAAAUUCAUGUUGUGAUUAACAUUUUCAGGUCAAAUUGAAAUCCCUCUACCAUAGAAUAAUAAAAUUGUAGAAUCAUUUAGAUUGGAAAGGACCUUGAAGAUCAUCGAGUCCGUAACACUCAAACCAUGUAGCUUUGUUAGAAAUUCCCAGAACAAAUACCAACAUUUUAUUAAUUCCACAGGCAGGAAACAGUAAAGUUACUUGAAAGUGGCUGUUAUGAUUUUGUGACUGUACAUAGAUCUUGCAAAAUGUUAUUGGUAAUAUGCAUCCUGUAGCCCACAUAAACACUGCGAGAAUAGCAUGGUCAUUGUUACGCUUUAUAGCUGUUGUGGAAAAUGUCUUAACCUGCAUUCAUGAUGAUAGUGCCCAUCCUACUCCCAUGCCUUUUUAUACAGUUGUGGUAAGAUUGUUAUGAAAUCCUUUUGUCAGUCAUGUUCCAGCUAACUUACCUAUGUAUAGAAUUUAUAUAUUAAACCCCCCUAAUUUAUACUGUGUUUUAACAGUUUGCCUGAACUGUCUAUGGUUUCUAAAUUUUGUAAUGUGAGUGUCAAAUAAGAAAAAAUAAUUAAAAAAAA